AUGCCAGAAGACCCAGAUAUCCCUCCUCCAAUCCUGAACGGCGAUUCAUCACCACAACCACCGACAGCCUCCACCACUACCACCGACAACGACCAAGAUGCCCCCAAGUCCCCCACAGCCCCCACCCACAAACCUCAAACUCACAGCGUCGACAGAGAUGCGCAGGAGAUGGUCAUAACCUCCCUGCGAGCACAGAUCCAGGACCUCUUCUCCCAAGUCACCGAGCUCAACAACAAGCUCGUGAAAUCGUACGAUCGCGUCUCCGACCUCGAGGAUGACCUCCACGUCGCCUCCGCCAACCUGCGUACCUCGAGCGUACGGAUAUCCCAGCUGGAGAUGGAGCGGACGCAGCACCUCGCGGCACUCAAUACUGGUUUGCUGGUGGAAAAGUCGCAUGUGACGACGGAGCUGAAUCGGUUGAUGGAGAAGGCGACGGAGGAGGCGGCGCAGAGGGGACAGGCGGAGAGUGCGAGGGCUGCGAUUGAGAAGGACUUGGAUGACCUCAGUGCGUCGCUGUUUGAUCAGGCGAAUACGAUGGUCGCAGAGGCCAGGUUCGCGCAGCACCUGAGUGAGCAAAAGGUCGUCGAGGCGGAGAGGGCGCUAAAGGGUGCAGAGGAAGCUGUCAGCAUCAUGCAGGCUCAGAUGCAGGCUCUACAAGCGGAGAAGGAGGAAGCGGAGAAGAAGACCAAUGAGAUGCAAGUCAAGAUGGGCAAGGGCAAGUGGCUGGAGAGGAUUCAGAGUGUCGACUUGUCCAAACCAAUCAAGCUUUUGAGCUCGCAUGUCCCGUACCAAGAGUUCUUACUCUUUGUCGCUCACCUUCGUUCGCUGCACCAAACGUCUCCAGGUCCACCAGCGAUGACUACCAUUCUCCCACUCCCUUUCCUUGCCAGACUCUCAAAUGAAGACUCUGACCCGACACUACGGCUGGACCUAGCACCCUCACUCAACUGGCUUUCAAGACGCUCCGUACUCUCGGCUAUCCACACCGGACAACUCACCAUCGAACCCAUCUCCGUCUCCUCCCUUCUUUCCGAAUCCACCCUUUACUCGAGUCCGGUCACCGUUGCCGGUCUCAGCAGCAACAACGAUAGCGUCUCCUGCGCCCUCUGCGGAUCUACAAUCACAACCGUCUCGGAAUACCUCCAACAUCGCGCCCAAAGGCCCACCCACACACAGAAUACCUCAUGGUCUGGCUCGUUCUUCAAGAAAGCGCGUGCUGCCUCGAUCACAUCGCAUUCAUCUCGUCCUCCAUCCCCGACACAUUCAAUAUCCCAAAUUGGUAACGGAUCGACAACGCAAUCGCAGUCGCAGCAGGUCUACAUCUUCAGAGUGGCCCAGCAACAGACAACCUCCACGAUCUCGUCCUCCCUGCACAUACCCACUUCAAUCGCCAAGUCCCUCUCACAAGGUUCUAUUCCCUCUACAUCAUCCACUCCCUACUUGACACCCAUGGGUGGAUCGCCUAGCACUUCCAUGGCCGGCACCCAGACACCCAACACUUCGCCUAACAACAACCAGCCGAUCACGAUAUACCCCUUGUGUUCCUCCGGGUGGUGUCUGAAACGUCUACGAAGUACGUGUACGUUGUGGGCGUACGUCCGGACGGGGAUCGUGGAGAAGGUAUGGGAGGAGGAGAUUCCCACUAUCGCAACUGCACCUCCUGCGUCAGGGACGGGUACGGCUUCGUCCACGCCUUCGAGUACACCCACGGAUACCAAGCCCCCGCUCCCGCCUAGGAAGAGAGGGUUAUGGGGGUUCGCCACGGCUAUUGGAGAGAGGGCUGUGAGUUGGAGCGAGUCGGAUAAGGAUAAGAAGGCGAAAGCUGCGGCUGCUGCUAGUGCACCGCAGGAUCCCCCACCUCUCCCGCCUCGACGCGGUUCCGCUGUUGCUCCUCCUGCGACGAUGAGGAGGCUACCUCCUCCACCUCCUCCGAUUGAGACUUCGGCUGCUCCCCCUGCGCCUGUUGCGAAUGGGGUUCCACCGCCACUACCGAAAAGGAGUGAAGGACGGAAACGGACGCCGCCAUCCAAGACUGGGGAUUUACCUGAGGAUGGAGGGGCGACUCACCAAGUGGAGGACGGGGCUGCACCUUCGACUCCACACAAGUUGAUCUUCGACGCUGCUGAUCCUCAGAGUCCUAUCCGGGCCUCCCGGGGUAAUACCGAGGGUGAAGGCGCUGAUCCCACUACCAACGCCACUGCAGCUACCUCCUCUGCUCCCCCGCAUGCAGAACCUCCGGUAGUCAAUGGUACGGCAGCUUCUGAGAAGGACGGCGAUGCUUCGACUGAGGCUGCUAAACCUGCAGUCGACUCUACGCUUACACCCGCCUCGCCUGUCCGACCGAAUCGUUUCUCGUUGCCGCGGAGUGUGCCCUUGCCCGAUUCUCGACCUGAUACUCCCAUCGAUGCCACCGCCGAUCCCAAGGCUACGAACGGAACGGUUGCACCUCCGUCGAGGACGGCUUCACCCGCUACACCCUCUACGCCCACCGGUACGGCUGGUCCCCCACCACCUAUACCCCGACGUGCGGCUGCGCGUAGGCCUGUCCCUGCCCCUCCACCUUCGAGACCUGUGACUCCACAGCAGGCGGGUGGCGAGGCCAAAGCUCAAGAGGACGCGAAGAAGGAUGUCGUUGUGGAUGGUGGUGAGAAGAAGGAUGGGGAAACGGAUGGUGAGAAACCCAAGGUUGACGAGGAGGCUAAGGAGGACAGCGAAGCUACCGCUGUGGUGGAAGGAGAAGCGAAAGAGAAGGAAUCCAUUGACAGUGGUGAUGCGUCAGCUCUCCCUAGUACCACCACUUUGGCAGACAAGGAUGAAGAGUCGAAGAAGGAUGCUGAAUCGACUUUGCCUGAUCCUGCCGUUCCAGCCUCCGACUCGACGCCCGCCGUGCAGCUUGAAGAACCUGAGGCGAAGCUUACAGGAACACCAGCUUCUGAAGGCGACUCUGAUGUCUUUGUGGAUGCGCUUUCGUCUACGACUACAAAGGAGACGUUGGCGGUUCCAUCGGGGUCUGAACAGGACGGUGGCGGUUCUUCUGAGCCGAGUGUCAGUGUUGAAGAGGAGUCAGCUGCCAGUGAGGCCAAGGCAGAUGGGGCUGUUGGGUCUGGUUCUCCAACUUCGGAAGACAAGAAAUCUGAUGAAGAGGUCCCCGAGGCUGCCUCGGCUACUGGAGAUGCGACGCCUGAAGCCAAGGAGAAGGAGAAGGACGACAAUGCCCCACCGCAACUCGUCGAAGAACAACCGAAGGAUCUUCCUCCCCCUCCUGUCGAGGAGCCUGAGAGCAAGACAGUGUCGCCUGCAGAAGACAAGGAGGACGCUGAUCCAAACGACAAGGAGGUCUACAUCGGGGAGGCUACGUGGGAAGAAAGGACGUGGAAGGAGUUGGUGAGGUUGAGGGAGGAUAUGUUCUGGGCUAGGAUUGGAGGGUUGAGGGGUUGA